GUCGAAAGCAGGCUCCGCGCAGCGACGUCACGGCGCGCUGUGCGUCGGGUCAAAGUUCGGCCCCGCCCCCGCUUUCCCCUCGCUGUCUCCCUCGGCCUGCGCCGCUCCCGACGCCGCUUGUGGGCCCGGCUCCGCUGCCUCCCUCCUCGAGUGCUGCCCGGCUGCCGCCAUGGCAAACGUGGCCGACACGAAGCUGUACGACAUCCUGGGCGUCCCGCCCGGCGCCAGCGAGAACGAGCUGAAGAAGGCAUACAGAAAGUUAGCCAAGGAAUACCAUCCUGAUAAGAACCCAAAUGCUGGAGACAAAUUUAAAGAAAUAAGUUUUGCAUAUGAAGUACUAUCAAAUCCUGAGAAGCGGGAGUUAUAUGACAGAUAUGGAGAACAAGGUCUUCGGGAAGGUAGUGGUGGAGGUGGUGGCAUGGAUGAUAUAUUCUCUCACAUUUUUGGUGGGGGAUUAUUCGGCUUCAUGGGCAAUCAGAAUAGAAGUCGAAAUGGCAGGAGAAGAGGAGAAGACAUGAUGCAUCCACUAAAAGUAUCUUUAGAAGAUCUGUACAAUGGCAAGACAACCAAACUACAGCUCAGCAAGAACGUGCUCUGCAGCGCGUGCAGUGGGCAAGGUGGAAAGUCUGGAGCUGUUCAGAAGUGCAGUGCUUGUCGAGGUCGAGGUGUCCGCAUCAUGAUCAGACAGCUGGCUCCAGGAAUGGUACAGCAGAUGCAGUCUGUGUGCUCUGAUUGUAAUGGAGAAGGAGAGGUAAUUAAUGAAAAGGACCGCUGUAAAAAAUGCGAAGGGAAGAAGGUGAUUAAAGAAGUCAAGAUUCUUGAAGUCCAUGUAGACAAAGGCAUGAAGCAUGGGCAGAGAAUUACAUUCACUGGGGAAGCAGACCAGGCCCCAGGAGUGGAACCAGGAGACAUUGUUCUUUUGCUACAAGAAAAGGAACAUGAGAUAUUUCAGAGAGAUGGGAAUGACUUGCACAUGACAUAUAAAAUAGGACUUGUUGAAGCUCUCUGUGGAUUUCAGUUCACAUUUAAGCACCUUGAUGGACGUCAGAUUGUGGUGAAAUACCCCCCUGGCAAAGUAAUUGAACCAGGAUGUGUUCGUGUAGUUCGAGGUGAAGGAAUGCCGCAGUAUCGUAAUCCCUUUGAGAAAGGUGAUCUUUACAUAAAGUUCGAUGUGCAGUUUCCUGAAAACAACUGGAUCAACCCAGAUAAGCUUUCUGAACUAGAAGAUCUUCUGCCAUCUAGACCAGAAGUUCCUAAUGUAAUUGGAGAAACAGAGGAGGUAGAGCUUCAAGAUUUUGAUAGCACUCGAGGCUCAGGAGGUGGCCAGAGGCGUGAAGCCUAUAACGAUAGUUCUGAUGAAGAGAACAGCAGCCAUCACGGACCUGGAGUGCAGUGUGCCCAUCAGUAGACUCUGCAGACAGACUGCACAGGCGGGUCCUUCCACAGAUGCCUGACUUGUUCUCAGCAAUCCAACUAGAGUGUCUGAUCAAUCCAGAUGAACUGACGGACAUCUUUUGGUCUAUAUGUAACUUUUAAAAUUGGUAUAGUAUCUACAGAGUGUAUAAUUUAAACUAACCACAAAGCUUUACAUCUUCAUUUCAACUGUCCCAUAGCAGAAUAAAGCACUUGAAAGGAAACAAGACUCCCUUUCACACAUGGGUUUUAAGUUUCAGUCCUGAUAUCUGUGCUUGAUUUUUAUCAGUUCUGUGUAGAUUUUAUGUUUCCUAUUUUAAAUUCAAAUCCCACAUUGUAAAGUUUGUACAAUUUGUCCUGAAGCUUUGUGUCUGGCUGCACCUGCAUAAGCUGCUACAAAUAGAAUAAAGAGUUUCAUGGCCU